AUAAAUAUAUUAUGACCCUUUUUUUCCCUCACACAAUAUUAUUCCUUUUCCCUCUCUCGUUCCCCACUUCCAAAUCGCAAUUCCUCUUUUCUUUCUCCGAGUCUCAGCAAUAUCCAUCAUCUUUCUCUCUCCGCCGCACGCGGCGGCGACUGUUGAUACCCUGCUUCUUAUACAGAUCCGCCGCUCCUUCUUCCUGCCAACGCCGCCUCCUGUUGCGGACCCGGUUUAUGAUGAUUCCUUGGCAAACAACAAACGGAUACUGAAGAAAUUUGUGGUUUCGCAAUUUUACCCCCUCAAAAUCAAAAGUAGCUAGAGUCUACGCUUUACAACCCUACGAUGAUGAGUCAGCAUUCCCGUAGGAGGCUGCCACGUGGCAAUCCAAGAAAGGCCAAGCGUGACGAAGUUGACAAGCAGGCUGCGCCCAAAGCCGCCGAGCCGGCACCAUCCUCGAAUCGGCUUCUAGCCGGCUAUCUUGCGCACGAGUUCUUAACCAGAGGAACUCUGUUGGGUCAGAAGUUUGAGCUGGACUUGGACCGAGCCGGCUUGGCUGGGUCCAGCUCAGCAGAAGCUUCAGCCGUGGAGGCGAGACCCUGUGUGGUGAAGGAGCACCAUAGUUACGAGGUGCUGGCAAAUCUUUUGAAGAGAAAGGAGACCCACAUAAAGGGAAUUGUGAACCCCACACAGCUUUCCAACUGGAUUAACAAGUGACCAUGACGUGGAAUUUUCUUUUUCUUUUGUUUGCUGCAAACGCAUGAAUCAAUCGUAUUGCACAGGUUAGUUUGAAUUUGAUUCAAGUUAGGGGUUGCGUUGUUACUAAAAAUAUAAUGUUUGUGCUUGAUAAAUAUCACUGAAUGUGCAGAUCAUCUUUAUCCAUGUCUUUUUCUGAU